AUGUCUAUUGAUAGGCAGAAACGUAUGGGGCCGAUCCCCAUUGCUCCGGCUCCUACCCGAGUUGACCCCGACGUAAGCCACAAAGGAGACUCAUUACAGCAUGUGAUGUCGUACACCUGCCGGACCUGUGCCAAAAGAAAGGUCAAAUGCGACAAAGUGGCGCCAAUUUGUUCCAGGUGCCACAAGGGCGGGUUCGAGUGCAUCUUCGUGGUACCACAACCACGAUCUCGGAAAAGAAAGAUAGACGAGGACGUACUCGAAAAGCUAGCCCAAUACGAGCGAAUCUUGCGGAAAAAUGGACUACUGAAUACCGAACAACUGGCCGUGGAAAAUUUGUCAGCUCGGGAAUCGGUAUUGACCAGUCAUGUCAAGCCAGGCGCAUCGAAGACCGGUAGGCUUUUGACUGGCCGGGGAAGAUCAAAAUAUAUCGACAGUCAUAUAUGGUACAACCUCGAAGACGACGGAAUUCAGCACAUGUCCGAUGAUGAGGAAGAAGAUGAAAUGGCUCCCAACAACGCCGAUCUCGCUGGAGGUAUCGCACCGGACCCGUUGACGGGUGCGUUCCUGGGCUGUCAGCAAAACCUCUUUCAUUAUCAUCCAAGUCAUGCAAAUGCCAUGCUGUUGUGGAAAAUGCAUACCGAGAAUGUGGAGCCCAUCUGUAAGGUUCUACAUCUCCCAUCAACUGCAGAGAUGAUUGAGUCCGUUUCGCAACAUCCCGAAAAGGCGUCCCAAACCGACGAAUGCUUAAUGUUCGCAGUCUACCACUGCGCCGUCUUCUCAAUUACAGAUGACCAAUGUAUGAAACAACUCAGACAGGAGCGAUCUACACUGAUGCAACAAUUUCAUUCUGCUGCACGCCAGGCUCUUGUGAAUGCAUCGUUUCUCAGGACAACUAAAAUCUCCGUUUUGCAAGCGUUUUAUCUUUUCAUUCUAUCCAGCCGUUACGUAUACGAUCCGCACACGUACUGGAUCCUGACGGGGAUAUCUGCUCGUAUAGGACAGCGAAUCGGUCUUCAUCGUGAUGGAGAGAAGCUGGGUUUGCCACCAUAUGACGUGGAGCUGAGACGACGAUUGUUUUAUCAGAUCUUUCCCCACGACGGCAGAGCAAGUCAAUCGGCAGGUAUCGAUUAUGCUAGCCUGCCCGAAGCAUGGGAUACAAAACCUCCUCUCAACAUCAAUGACAAUCAGAUUUGGCCUGGGAUGACAGAGAAACCGGUCGAGCAGAAUGGCGCAACGGAGAUGAUUUUUUGUCUAUCCCGCGCAUAUGUUGGCAAGAGGUUGGCCAGGUCGGGCAAACCAAUCAACGGCGCAGCACCCUGGAGCUUCCCCGAUCAUCACGAAGCCGAGAAGGUCAUUAAUAAAGCAGAAGCCGAAGUGGAAGAGAAGUUCAUUCGUUACUGUGACAUUGUUGAUCCGUUACACUUCCUUACUAUUGGACUUGCGAGGUCCGGUAUGACGGCCAUGCGACUCAAGCUUCGCCUUCCCAAGAUUAGGGAUCAGACUGCCAGCGACGAGGAGCGGCAGGAGCUCUUCAAAUUAGCGCAGAAGACCCUGGAGACUGAUGCAGCUGUUCAUGCUCAUGGGGGUACAAGCCGGUUCCAGUGGCACAUCAAACCGUUCUUUCUGUGGGGCACGCGAGACUCAUUGAUCUUCAUCCUGACUACACUCUCAAAGAGACGAGACUUACUCUACCCCGAACAAAUCGAUGCCGCUUGGAAAAGUAUGGCGCAGCUUUAUCAGAACCACGAUGAGCUCCUUGAUGGUAAGCAGGCGCUGAAUGUUGCUCUUCGACGCCUUGCUCUGCAAACCUGGGAUUCCUACCGAUCGAGCAGUGGUGACCUAGAACCACGCUUCAUCAGUACAUUGAGGUCCUUGCAAGAGAGAAAAGAAAGGAGGCAAAACAAACAAGACAAGUCGAUGUAUGUUACGCCUGAUGCGGCGUCAUCGAGUGGUCCCUCGCCUAUGAGCGGCAUGAAUACAUCGUUUGACAGUCACUCAGGGAGCAUUGCCUUUGAUGUGGGCCAAAUCCUUGAAUUUGAUGUGGAUGACUGGGUAUUUUGGGAUCAGCUCCUUCAAGACCACCCCCAAGCCUAG